AAUUCUUUUAUUAUGAUGAGCCAGAAUCCUUUCUUCUCUUCUUUCGCUUCCUCCGUUUCUUUUCCCAGUUACCAACAGCCCACUCACCGUUUCAAUUGCUUUCCAUGUUCAAACUUUUUUCUCACAAGAAGAAGAAGAAAUCGAAUGUUCACAAAUCGCUGAACCAUAGUCAAGUUUACACUGCCAAUGAUGUGACAGUGCCAACCACGGUGAUUCCCAGAAUUUCAAAAUCAACCGAGACUCGUCCUUCGACCCAUCAGCAUCCGUUAAACACCCUUGUAUCCAAUAAAAGUGAUGGCGACCUCCUACGCAGCCAAGCUCGCCCUAUCAGUUCGCCUCCCUCACUGGUGAUGCCCAAACCGAGACAUGCGUUGCCACCCACAAGAGCCGUUUUAAGGAACUAUGACAAUGAAAAAACCGAAAUCGAGGAACCUCCGCAGGAUACCACUGGAGCUUCUCAAGAGGACUGGAGUGAGGAUGAUGAAGUGUUUAUUGUAGAAUGGGUCCCAAAACAACCCACACCUACUUCCACUCAAGAGCAUAUCGAAGUAUCUCCCAUCAUGUUACCACCCCAACAGAACAAUAACAUCAUUGAAGUGUCAGCCCAGCCUGCACCCUCGGCCAGUGUUCCUUCGGCUGUCAGCCACCGCUCAGACACUACAUUAGACAUGUCACAACAACCGACAUCAGUAACCAGCAGCGACGAUUCCCAUCGCGUGUAUGAAUCAGCAUUGGAAUCCCCACUAGCCUCGGUAUCCAGCUCGCAGUCCCAAGUUAGCAUGCUUGUCCAGUCUUUCUCGCAGGAUCCAUCGUUAUCACUAUCUGCGCAACCGUCGCCCUACGUUGAGGAUGAAUGUAUUGAGCUGAGGCCAUCAGUAUUGGAAAAACGCGUUACUCCUCCUUCACCGGUGGUGCAGCAGCUCCGAAAUUUGAGCGGAAACGAAGCAAAGCCAGCAUUGAUUCAUCCACAAUUAGUGGAAUCAACAGUGCAUGCAAAUACACCCAAAGAUAUGAAUCCAUUGAGCAGCGGCCAGUAUUACCGUCUACAACAGCAACCAACCGCUCGAUCCACGUCAUCGUCCACUUCUUCCAUGACGAUUGGUGCCACCUCGCAUCGUGCCUCAACCAAAUCCCACCUGCCUGCGGAAUCAAAGGUAUCCGGACAAAAUUCUGCGAGAUCGUCGCCAGCCCCUUCCAAAGGCCCGCCUCCAUGCUGGAAUGAGGAUCUAGAGGAUAUCCAGCGUCAAUUACAAUUUAUUCAGGAACAACGCCGAGCCGAGCGCGAAGAAUGGAAUAAGCGUGAAAUUGAGCAUCAGCGCCGAGAACAAGCCAUGAUGGAACAGAUCCAUCGCACCCAGGAACAGCUCAUGCAAGCGCUAGCCCAAACGACGGUAGCGGAUAAUGAUAUUGCACGAGAUCCUGUCCUUGAUGAUACAUACCAUUCCGACACGUCGAGUUCAUCGUCACCUUACCCACCCUCGAGAAGUUCGAGACGGUCACAUUGGCAGGAUCGAAAACCACCGCACAUGGAUCAUGGGCCAGGCGUCGGAUUUGAACGUCCUCGAUCGACGACUUCACAGCGUAGCCGGUUGUCGGCAAGGUCUUGGAGGGAUCGAGAAGACACCGGACCCGACAUCGAUAAGGAGCCGGAUGACAUGAAUGAGUAUUAUAUGUAUGAUACCGGUAUUCCACUUGAAUCAUCCCUCCCAAGACACCAGCCGCGCAGUCGGGAAAAUUCGCUGAUUGACGAACCGUUCAUGCAGAACAGGGACGGCGCUCCUUCUCGUAACAGCAGCAUUGGAAGCAGCAGUCGUCUGCACCAGCGACGCCCAUCAUUGGCUGCAUCGGCUUCAACCCGGACACGAUCGCGAUCAGUUGAAACACCAUGGAAAACAAAACAAGAAACCAUGCCAGAAGAGCUACUUUAUUCGUCACCAAGACGACGUGAGCCACGACGCCCUCCUAGCUUACGUAGCCGAUCCGUCGAACGAAUGCGCGCCACUAGUGAUUUACCUUCCCGAAAUCGACGUUUUGCAUCGCCUCGAUUCCGAAACCGGGCUCACCACGAUUAUUAUCCAGACCAGUACUACAGAGGCUAUCAUCCGGCAGGACGGUUCAUGACCCCCGAGGAAGAGGAACAUCAUUGGAUGAGAGCGGCGGCCGCGGCGGCUGCCAACGGCUGGCCGCCUUUAAUGUACCCUCCACCCCCUCCCCCGUCCAUGCCCUUCAUGUGAUGUGUAUAUAAAAAAAAUGAAGGGAUUAUACUUAAUACAUUACUGUGAUCGUUUAUGCUUUAUUUGGUACCAUAUAUUUGAGAUCCAUCAUCUUUCACUUUGAGAGGGCGCAUAAAACGCAGGUAUUACAUCGGAGAUGCAACCGUCUAUUCCCACCCAAUUCGAGCAUUGCCUUUCCUGCA